CCAGCCCGGCAUCCUUCCGGGACCUCCGGGGCUCGUCCGACAGCAGCGCUUGCGCGGCGGUUGUUGUGUGAGGGGUCGAGCGGGCCCCGGGCGGGAGAGAUGGCUGCGAGUUCGCAGGACAGGCCGCUCUCCGAAUCCAAGGAGCGCGUCUUUAACAAAUCUGAAAAUGCGUGUUUUAUCUUGGGGACCGGGAAGUGUGUGACCCCUCGGAAGCUUGGAGCUGAUGUGACCCCUAGUCUCUGCAACCCCGAUACCUUUCAGUCGCCUUUGGACUUCUCCACGGUAACCGUUGAGCAGUUGGGAAUUACACCGGAAAGCUUUGUUAAGACCCCUUCAGGAAAGUCUCCAUCUUCCCUUCAGAAGAGCAGGCGACGUUCCACGGUCGGUGUCCGGGGCUCUCCAGAAACAAAUUGCUUGAUCCGCUUCAUUGCUCAGCAGCGGAACCUGAAGAAGGCUGGGAGGUCCCCACUGGCACACCUUUCUCCCUUUCAGGAUAGCCCAGGACUAUAUCGGAAUGGCAGUGCUUUAAGAAAACGAAUAGCUGCUUUUCGGUCAGCUUUUUACUCCAUAGAGGAAACUGAGAAGAUGACUACUGGUCCCGCGGCCUCAAAGGCAGAUGGAACGCCUCAGACCUCAAAUCUGACCAAAAAAGAAGGUCUUGUUGAAUAUCAGCAGUCUGGAUUCCCUGCAAUCUCAUCUUCAAAGCGACGGAGAAUAUCCUCCCAGGACAGCCCAGAUGACCAACUCAGUGAUGCCAAAGGGAAAGUGGCACAUGCGCAGGUGUGCGCUGACCAAGCAUGUGCUGGGGCCGCAUCUGCAGAUCUUGCUGAGAAGUCAUCUGACAUUGGUUCAGCUCAGCCUGGAUGUAUGGUUGCUCCCCUUCCACUUCUAGAGCUUAUGGAGGCUUCACAUGGACUUGGAGUGGCUGACUGUGUAGAGGGCACAAAACCAGCUAAUCCUGUUCCACUUGACACAGCUGCCGCGCAACCAAGCUCAAGCACAGCCCCUGCCACCAGGUCUCCAGUGACUCCUGUGUGCAGGAGCAGCAACCCCUCAGCUAAGACUUUUGUGCUUCGUUCUGUGUUGAAGAAACCUGGUAAGCUGUUCUCAGAGAACAGAAAGGAAUAUAACCUCUGUGAUAAUGGGGCUCAUCUGAACCCAGAUCCUUCAAACCACUACAGAGGACAAGGAACAGGUGAGGAAAACUGUAAGAUACCAGACUGUCAGAAUCUAAGGAAGAGGAAAAGAGUUACUUUCGGAGAAGAUUUAAGCCCUGAAGUGUUUGAUGAAUCCUUACCACCCAACACACCAUUGUGUAAAGGAGGAACACCUGCCCAUCAAAGGAACAGAAAUGCUCUCAGUCCCCUGCAGUCACCGUUUGAUGAGCAGUUCCUUCAGCCAAACUUUGAUGACAGGGAAGAGAAUCUUGAAAACAUAGAACCAUCUCAGGUAUCAUUUGCAAUUCUGAGUCCUAGUAAAUCUUCAUUCUCUGAGACUCCAGGCACUGACACUUGCAGUUCUUUAAAUAACCAUGAGGAAAUAACCUGUAGUGUUGGUAGACCCAAACGGACUUCUCUCAGAAUAAAGUUGAUGAAUUCUGCAGAAGAGGAUGUUUGCAAUUCAUCUGCUACAGGAGCUGAGCCCUGUAAAGAGAAGAACAUGAGAAAGAGGAAACCUCAAGAAAAAAAGUGUAUAAGCAAAGCACUUCCUAAAAAGAAACAGGUUUCAAAAAGUUACAGGAAAAAGAGAAGAAAGGGGGGGAAAGGUGUGGAGAAAAGCUUAUACGGGCAAAGAGAGAUCGCGUCAAAGAAGCCGCUCCUGAGCCCUAUAUCUGAGCUGCCUGAGGUCUUUGAAAUGACUCCUCUGAGUGACUGCAUGCAGAAGACAUGUUCAGAUGACUUCAACCUCAGUGGUGACCUGGAAGAACUCAUCUCUCUUGAAAUUCCCAUGAAAAGAAGGAGACUUUUGCCACAGAAGGGAGAUUCACCGGAGCUGGAUUCAGCUUUUGAUCAGUCUCAAGUGUCUGAGCCUUUCACUGCUGCUUCUGAGGGAAGACCAAAGGCCAGUACCAGGGACCUAGGCAGCGAUGGUAGCACCAGAAUAGAAAGCACAAAGGAGCCAAAAAUCGAGACCAAGACUGAAAGCAGCCUUGUGCCUUGUGCUUCUGUGACUCAAGGAUGCAUACUGUCCAGUAAUCCAAAGCCUCUGGGUAGCCCUCAGUGCCAGGAUGUUUUCAAGGGUGGUGAAAAUGCAGAAGUUCCUUGUGAGGUCCUUCCGGUUUCAGAAAAUAUGAAUAUAAAGUGUGAGAAAGAGAGUGAAUGCCUAGCUCCAAAGGGAAAUCUGCAAUGCAGCCCUUUCACAGCUGACUCAGAAAAGGAACAUAAUUGUUCAGAAGAUAUCCUAGUUAAAAAUAUAAAAGAAUCAACAAGCCACAGUGAGAAAGUAGGGAGAAAAUGUGCAGAAAACAGCAGUGUCAGGAGUGGUAGAGGAAGAAAACCAAGAAGACACACUAUGUACUGGGACGGUCAGAGUUUGUGCCUAGAACAAAAUGGGACCCCUGCAUCUUUGAAUGGUGGAGGAAACUCUGUAGAAAUUAGUUCCCAGCUUAUUGAAGAUCUGUCUGACACCAUAGAGCAAAGCUUUCAGACAACAAGCAGGAAAGCCAAAGUGAGACGGAGCACAAGGCUACAGAGAGACUUGGGAAAUGAAGGGCUUAUAUGGUUGACUCCAAGUCCUCCCACUUCCCAGAAAACCAAAAGGAGAAAGACAAUUUGUACCUUUGACAGAGGAUUUGAAAGUACAUCCUCCAGAGAAGAGCCUAAAUCCUCAGGACAAAACCCAGCUGGCCUGCCAUCCAUCUCAGGCAGUGAGAGCCAGGGUAUUGGUUCUUCCACACUACCGGGCAGAAGGAGGAAGAGCUUCUGUUUGUCUACACUCACAGAUACUGAGAGUACCACGAAACCACCAUGCGAGAAGACCCUCUCUCAGUAACUCUCAACUACUGUGAGGGGGCUGGGCACAGAAGAACCAAGGCAAGAAUGGCAGAUCCACCUGGCACUGGCUCUCAGUUCCACCUGGUACCAGCUUCCUCCCUGCUGCUUCCAUCUCUAUUCAUCUUCAGUGCAUUGUACAUUUCUAAUAAAAAUCACUUGAGUUGUGAGUUUCAUGUCUUUUCCAAAUGCUUAGUAUGUUUUAGUUUUUGUUAAAGCAUUCGUUUCCAGACCUAACAAUGUGUUUCUGCAUUUUUAUUUCUUGUAAGUUUACCCAUUUACCACUGAAGGCUUAGACUGUUCUGGAAAACAUCCUUUAGAAUGACUUUUUCUUUUCUUUGGGUUAAAUUGAAGACCAGCUUUGAUGGCUUGGUUGUCUGUCUCAAAUAAAAGUUUUCCUUUGGUAAUUAAGUGAAAAUUUUCUUCAGUGACUGGACCUCUAUAGAUCCAUUGUUAUAAAUGAAUUUGUAAUUGGAAAUAACUGCAAUCAUUCUUCCAGAUU